AUGCUUCGACUUAGUCGUCCUUCUCUGAAAUUCAAGCCGACCCAUGCCAUCCUUUUGGGUAUACUGCUUUUCACUUUGUUGAAUAUUUAUAUGGCAUUGAAUUCCUCACCAACACCGUCAAUAGAUGCAGACAGUCUGUCUACUUUGCUAAAAUUUUUUAAUCCAUUUUCAAGGCCCAAAGUUGAGGACUAUUCUAUAAUCGGAUAUCAUCACGAUGAACAAACAAAUCUAGUUGUUGUUAAGAAAUAUUUAAAAAAACACAACUUGAAUACUGCUACUGACAAGUCUAAUCAUUUUUGGAACUUUAUCAAGUCCGAUUAUAAAUCCUCCAAGUACGAUUUGAAACUCAUUAGUAGCUACAAUAAUAAACAGGUUUAUGAUAACAUGAAUCAAUUGUUGGAUAAUCAAUUCAACCAUUCCUUUGUUGAGCAGUCCACUACAGAAAGGAAGUUUGUUAAAGCAUUUCAAGAGUUUUUCAUUGAUUUAUUGAAAACACUCGAAGAUUGCAAACCAAUCAUUAGUCCAAUUAACAACUUUGACCAUUAUCCUAAUGGGGAAAAAAUCGAAAACUAUUAUCAAAACUUGAACCAAAUGACUCCUGAGAAAAUGAAAAAUGUAAAUACAGAAAGGCUAAUUCAUGAUAAAGGUAAAUUACCCAUAUAUGGUGGGCACUUGCGAGAAAAUUACCAGAAUGAAAUGGUUAGGUCUAAAGAGGUAUUGUCAAUGUAUUUGACUCUAAACACGUUUGAAAAAGAUUCCUUGAGGCAAUCUCACACGAAAUACAUGAAACAAAUGAUGCAAGAAUGGCCGGAAUCUCUAUUAAAAUACAAUACUUUUAACAGUUUCAUGAAAGGUGAUGGUAUUGUAUAUCUAGCAGGUGGCAAGUACGAUCAGUUGGCAUAUUUAUCUAUCAAAUUGUUACGUGAACAAGGCUCGAUAUUACCUGUUGAAGUAAUUGUACCAAAAAGGGAAGAAUAUGAUAUCCAAUUUUGCGAUAAGAUUUUGCCCACCUUAAAUGGGAAAUGUAAAUUAAUGACCGAUUAUGUUCCCCAAUCAUACUUUGACACAGUUAUCAAUAAUGCAAAGAAAAACAGCAAAAACGUUGAUAUUAAAGAAAAUCCUCAUAUGGAUCCAAUGAGAGCUUUAGGUUAUCAAUUGAAGAAUAUUGCAAUUUUUAUUUCAUCGUUUGAAAAUAUUCUAUAUCUUGAUGCGGAUAACUUGCCAAUUAAAAACCCAGACAUUUUGUUUGCCAAUAAACCAUUUACUGAUAAGGGUAUGGUAGUGUGGCCAGACUUGUGGAGAAGAUCGACAUCGCCACUUUUUUAUGAUGUCACAAGUGCUUCAGUAGAUCCGAAUCAUCAAGUACGGAAUUCAUAUCCUGAAGGUGAUAAACGAAAUUUGAAAGGUUUAAAUUCAAAUGGUGCUACGAAUCAAAUGUCCUUUCAUGACACUAAAGGAACCAUUCCUGAAGCAAGCUCGGAAACUGGCCAGUUAUUAAUCAGUAAAAGAAUUCAUUUCAAAACUCUUGUUUUGUCACUAUAUUACAAUUACUAUGGACCCGAUUUUUACUAUCCUUUAUUGAGUCAAGGUGCCGCCGGUGAAGGUGAUAAAGAAACAUAUAUUGCAGCAGCACAUAGGUUGGGUUUACCUUACUAUCAGGUUUCCGAAUUUACUCGUGAAUUUGGUCCAAUGGAUAAAAACAAAAAAAAACUUCAGUUAUUUGGUAUGGGACAAUACGACCCUAUUAUAGAUUAUAUUCAGAGUAACCCUGACGAUAAAGAUAUGUCAAGUCUUGCAUCACUAUCAUCAUCGUUAUCACAACCAAACCGCUAUUUUUCUUCACCACCUAAAGAAUAUGCGUUGCAUGAUGAGGAUAAAAAUGUAUACAAUUACGAAUACCACAAGUUCAAAGCCUCCUCGUUAUUCUUUCUUCAUGCCAAUUGGCCAAAGUACUAUAUUGAGCACUUAUUCCUUGCGGAUGAAAGGGGUCCUGUUGACAAGGGUGAAAAAAUAAGGAGAAGAUUAUAUGGCACAGAGUUGAAAAAGGAAUUAGGCGAUGGGUAUGAUUUUGAAUUGAAAAUAAUGAACAACCUAUGGUGGUGUUAUUGUGAAGAACCAUUAAUCAAUCUCGACUCAAUUCCACCUGCUGAUUCACAAAAGAGGAAGGAUAUUUGUAAUGCUAUUGACAUGCAUCGCAAAUUCUUGAGUACUUCUUAA